GCACGGACAUCCUCCGAAGUCCACGUCUCGCUUCUCCAUCAUCCACUUACCUACGCUUCUUUGGCUCUCCGGUGGUGAAUCGUUAUUCCCCGCCCGCCUUCCGGUCCUCUGGCAACGAGUUAUGGGGCUGCGUGUCUCGAGCUCGAUGACGAUGGUGACGGUGAUGAUAGUAUCGAUGAUGAUGAUGGGCAUGCCGUUACGGAUGAUAGUGGCAGUCGGAGCAGAUAUGAGUUGGACAGCGCAGCAGAGAGGAGGGAAUACCGUUGCGGGAGCGGAGAGUGCGUAUGAUGACGUUGGUGAUAUGCAAGGAGCGAGACAGCUGCAGGUGGAUACUUCAUUGCCUUCUUCAUUGCCUUCAAUUGCUUUCUACAUCAUAAACACGACUCUUCUUGGAGCUCCCCGAGUGGUUUUGACAACCACUCAGCUCUUACGUCCAACAGCCCGUAACGUUGCGUGUUUUCAUUUCAUUCGGGGUGUCGUGUUUAGCUCCCAGACGGGGGUGUUCUUCUAUUUGCAGCAGGAUGCCUGCUUCGAUGGUACUGCAGGACGUGAACGCAACGCACGGUCGAUUCACAAGUGUGAUAUGCGCGGCAUGGCCGGAUCUGGGCCCGCUCAGGCCAACUCGUCCUUGCUCACUGUAGAAUGGGGGGACGAUAACGGCAACGGCACAACGCGGAGCGACCGGCAUCUCGUUCUGCCCUUAUUGGACAAAGGUCUGGCAUUCGUCAACACCACGGAUGGUUCCAGAACCACGUACGAGCUCCCCAAAUUCAAGGGUUACGCGGGUGCAUUCAAUCCUGAACGCACUAUUUUCUAUGUGGGAAAUGAUACCUGCGUUCUGUACUCCGUCAUGGAUGGGGACUCUCCGGGGAGCUUUGUCAACGCUUUCCGAAGUAAAUCGUGCUAUGGGGACUCCAGAUUCCUCUUCGGUCAUCGAAAUUUUCUCCAAGAUGGGACCUACCUAUACGCUUGGGGCAUGUCUAACAGAACAUUACUAGGUGUUGACCUCAUUAGUGGAGAGGUGGAUCAAGUAACCGAGAUCCCGGAAAUCAAAGAGCUGGGGUUGGGGGGUUCUGUGUUGACACAAGACGGAUGCAGCUUGUUCGUCGUUGCAUAUGCUGGGAAGACUAUCAUGCGGGUGGCUUUCGAUAAACCGAGAGGAAAGGUGGUCACCGUCGAGAACGUGACUACUUAUGCCUCAGGAGAUGGCUGGCUCGUGACGGUUGCUCUGGACAAUGACGACAGUCACUUGUACGUGUCUACCCGCACAGGCCAGCUGUUCGAAUUUCCAAUCAACAAGUUAGCUCUAGGCGAAUGCAUCCCAACACCGUACGCACCGACCUCGACAGAAUCAUCAUCAUCAUCAUCAUCACCAUCACCAUCACCAUCACCAUCACCAUCACCACCGUCGGCGCAAUCAACCGGUGCAUCUCCAACAGCCGGACCAAGGGGAGGUGUCAGCGUCGGCGUGCUGGCUGGCAGCCUUGUGGCGGCUUGUCUAGUCGCCUCUGUUCUUGGUGGCGCCUUUGUCGUCUUCGUUUCGCGAUCUAGAAAAUCAGCGAUGGUGGAAUCUGGGGGUAUGACUGCAAGGAUGGAUCGACGACUAGGCAACGGCAGACCGGCAGGCACAACCUCCGGAGCGAGCAAUGCGGGUUCUCUGGCGAAGUGGCCGUACGACCCGAGGUUGUAUGCAGGCCUGCCUUCUCACGAUAUUCCUCUGCCGCCGUCGGAUGACGAGGGGGGAGACGCAAGGUCGUCGACUUUGCCGUUGGGAAGUGGGUCUACGCAGGAAUGGGCGGCGACGCAGUCGUGCGGAGGCGGGCGGGUGGAGACCCCGUGGACUUACACGUCGCUGCUUAACGAGGGCUUGUGCGACGGCGACGACAAUGCAGCGGUUGAUCUGAGCUUCCAGUUGUCCAGCAGCAGCGGAGCAGCGACAAUGCACACUCGGAUCAUCAAUCCCCACCCGGGUGUGGAUUGGGCGGACAACACGCACGGCGGUGUGUGCGGGCCGCGAGACGGUGGUCUCCCUCAAUCGCUUUGUGAAGGUGGCAGUAAACGAAACGAGUCCACGUCGACCAUCGGCGGAGGAGUUUGUGCGCGUGAACAUCCAGAGUGGAUGCGGUUGUCACCUUUCGUCGCGGAGCGGAUCCGACGCUCCUUGUGCACGGCAGCGGCCGGAGGUUUUGCAUCAGGAACGCAGGCCUUGCAUCAACGUGGAACGGAGACAAUCACAAGAGGGGUGCAACGGCUCCACGAGGACGAAGGGGACGAAGCUGCUGCUGAGGAGGCCCGGGGGUGUGACGACGUUGAUGGUGGCGACGAUUGCAACGCCGACGAUUUGCCAGGCAUAAGGCCGCUGGGGAGGAAAGCGAUGAAGGGCGGAGCGACUGCGAGGAAGGGUCCCGCUGCAAAAAGUCGACGGAAUAAGAAAAUGGAUGACGACACGGGCCGGAGCGAUGGCGAGGGCGGCCGGAAUUUCUGGUCGGUGGGAGACACGAUCGCACUCAUCAGGGCAAGAAGGGACCAAGAUCUGUAUAUCGCCGGCAUGGGCACUAGUUUCGCCCGCAUGAAAACGAGGGAGUGGAAGUGGGAGGACGUGCGGGCGAGGUUGCAGUCGAUGGGCGUGACGAGGGAUGCUUUCGACUGCGGGAAGAAAUGGGACAACUUGAUGCAGCAAUUCAAGAAGGUCCACAAGUUCCAGAACCUCUCCGGCGGGAAAGACUACUUCAAGAUUGCAUCGAAGGAGAGGCGGUCGGAGGGCUUCAGCUUUGUCAUGGACCAAAGCGUGUACGAUGAAAUGGAGGCCAUGACGAAGGGGGAUCACACGAUCCACCCGAAAAAAUUGGCGGACACGGGGGCGGCCGGUGGGGUUCAGAUGUCGGCAGGCGCUGGGGCUGUAGGUGACACCAUGGGCAGUGAGGGUGGAGGGGACGCAGCCGAUGAGGAGCAGGGGUCGACGAGAGACUCCACAUUCAGCGCGGGGAGCGGCGGCGGUUAUGGGAAGAGGAAGAACAUGCGGCAACAAACCUUUGAGGCCGUCGCCGACGUCAUGGAAAAGCAUGGUGCGCUUAUGGCGAGCACAAUGGACAGCGCGAGCAAGCGGCAAUGCUCGAUGAUGUCACGUCAGUGCAAAAUCCUGGAGAGCGAAGUGGAAGUGAAGAGGAAACAUUAUGCUGCGGCGGACGAGGCGAACAGAAUGAUGCAUAGCCACAAACGGUCAUUGACGGAGGCAGAAGGUAUGUCUACGCGAGGCGGCGCCCGUGGGAAGAAGCGGGAAAACAUCCCCGCGGACAUGCAGGGGCUGGAAAGGGGUCAGCGGCAUGUCCCAAAGGCGAAGAGGCUCCGUUCAGAAGAACCAUCAGCAAGCCUCCCUCCUCGGCAAGGGCGAACUUGGACGGCAGCCAACGAGGAGGAAGAUGACGACGUGUUCACGACGGAGGAGGAAGCAGCAGAGGAGAACGUGACAGCGCCUCGGGGAAGCACUCUUCAACGGUCAGGUGAUCAGAGCGGUGCGAGAAGAUUAGCGACGCCCCCUCCGGAGGCGCAACAAGUUCGUGCGCACAACACCCAGAAGGCGAAGGAGGUUGUCGUCGAUGUCGGCAGCGAGGACGACGAGCCGUUGGAGAGCCGUAGACAACGCAAUGUGACACAAGGUGGCACGGCGACGGCAGGGCGAAAACUGUACAACAUCAUCCACGAAAUGCGGGAGUACUUUGUCGCCAUCGCUUGCGGAAUGCAAACGCCCCCCGUGCCCAGGAGCGUCAUCAUGCCAAAAUCAUCGACAACCGUCAUAAGGAUUGCGGAUCCCGCACAACUGGAGCAGGCGAUCGCGCGCGCGAUGGCAGCGAAGAAUAUCGCUUUGCGCGUCUUGCAUAGAUGGGUCUUCAAGUCCGGGAACCGUCCCCGAGGAUUCAAUGUCGCUUUCCAGUAUGCGUUGGAGUCGGUGGCGACGGACAUUGCACGCGUCAUGUGGAACGGCGAGGAGUGGAGUAACGUCGUUAGCGUGCCCGUUUGCGCGCACACAAUCGACAUGAACAUGGACCUGCCUUUGUGGUUCGAGGGCACGAACAUCGAAGACAGGCCGGAAGAUGACGACAUGGCGGUGCACUUGGAGUCAACCGUCAUAUGCAUGGCGCAUGCGUUUCGUGCCGCGGUGCAAAUGGGUGGCAUCGUCGACGGUGGUUUCAUCUCGCACGAGCGUCUGUCUAGAAUAGCGGAUCGCUUCAGAUUGAUGUUGGCUGCUUGCAUGUGGUUGAUGCGCAUGGCGGGAGACGAUGCGCGCAGCCAAUAUGAAGUUUUUUACUUCGCAAAGCUCGUCGCGAAGCCCACGCUCGUCGCGUCCAUUCAUCGCGCUUUCGAUCAUCGACGAUCCAUCAUCCGAGUCACGAACGCCACCACGGAGAGACUGGGGAAGGUGAACGCAACACUCGGAGAGUACCCGAAGUACAUCCCCGACUAGGCUUCCUACGGCAUCGUCUUUGGGCAAGAUGCGA